AUGGCUGCAGUCCUCUCGUACGCCUCGCACGCACGCCAGACCAACCACGCCGCGAUGGACCACCCUCACCUCUCGCACACGGUCCUCCCGCCGCUCACGUCGCUGUCCCUCCCCGGCUCGCCGCUCGCCGGCGCUUCCUCCCUGCGCACCUCGCGCCCGCCCUCGUCGACGAGACCCCGUACCGCCUCGCCGAGGCUGCACCACCCGCAGCCGACGCACCCGCACGCCCUCGCCGCCGCGGUCCUCGCGCGGUCGCCCACCCCUCCCUCGUCCCCUGGGCCCGUGCCCGUCGCAGCGCCCUCGGCCGACGUCUACGCACGCGUGUACGCCGCCCUGCGCGAGCGCCUCGCUCCGUGCGGGCAGACGGCGGUCCUGCACGCGGCCGAGCACGCGCGAGGCGCCCUCGAGGCGCGCAGGCGCAGCGUCGAGGAGGAGGAGCAGGGCGCCGCCGCCGCCACCGUCGUGCACGGCGAGCAGCAGCCGACAAAGAGGCGCAGGAGCGGCGGCGUCGUCGAGUUCUACGACAACCCGGCGCCCGUGCUCUCGAGCGACGACGAGGGUCCGUGCGAGGUCAAGAAGCGCGCCCGGACGUCGCCUCGUCCCGAGUACGGCGGCCCCUCGUCGCGCCCGACUCUCCUCGCGAGGCACGUCCCGCACGGCGGCCGGCGGCGCUCGGCGAGCCACCCGAGCCCGGCCUACCCGUCGCCGCCGCACGACCACCACCUGCACGACCCGGCUCCCCCUCGCUCCUUCAGCGGCACCAGCACCCCUCGCACACUCGACUCGCCCCCUCUGCGCCAGUACAGCAUCCGGCCCACGUGCGCCGACGCCGCCCUCCCCUCGUCGCACUCGUUGCCGUCGCUCCUCCCGAGCGCGCACGCCCAAGGCGGCCGCCGCGCCGAGGCGCUCCACAACGUCGUCAGGAGCUUCGAGGCCGUCCUCGCCGUGCGCGCCGAGGGCAGGAGGAGGUCGAGCUUGCGGGACGUGCUCGAGGGCGGGACGUCGGGGCCGGCGCCGCAGGGAGGAGGACCGAGCGAGGCGCACUGGUGGUGA